CCAAUAAAAACAAUCGCAAUGUAUUGAACUGUUUUUUAUCACAUUUACAAGUUUCGCAAAAUAGUCUUACCGGCUUACGGAUACGGAGUCACCACUCACCACAGAAUCACUUAAGGUCGAUUUAAAUUUCUGUAUAAAGUUUUGUGCAUCUCUAUUUACGCAAUUGCCAUUGCAGUAUUUCCACUAAGAAUACUUGAGUACUUUAAAACAAAACAAUGCGUUUUUCAAUCAAGCAAACAGGUUGCGGUGGUGAGCGUAUUGGUUAUCUCACGGGUUUUAUUAGAUCACCUGGCGCGGAAAUCGAAACACCAACUGCAGCUUUGUUUACACAGGGUGGCAGUGUUGUAAAUUUAACAGCUGAAGUUUUGUCUAAAGUAUUUUCCAAUACAAAAUUACUAUGGCUCCCGCUUUCCAAUUCAAUAAAUUUAGAAACUGGUGUAAAAGCACAGAAUGAUGGAGUGGCUAAGUUUGCCGGAUUGCAAGGACAUGUGACAUGUGCAACAUUGCAUAGUUUGUCUGAAGAUACACCAUCUGGACACUUUGAGCUUGAUAGAGCACCCCUGUGGACCAAAAACGGGAAGAGAAUGGUUUCAGCUGACAGAUAUAUGGAUGUAAUGGAAAUAUUCAAACCAGACAUAAUUUUGGCGAUUGCAGAUGGGCGCACAUCACUGAAUGAAGGGAGCAAGCGCAUAAGUAAGGCAGUGUGUAGGAGCAAUAGCAUGCUUAAAACAUGUGUCAAUAGAUAUAUGUCUUCCAAGGAGCUGCAGAAAAGUUCUCUUAUUGGUGUUGUAGUAGGUGCUGGAAACCCAAAGAAAUGUGAUGAGAGUUUAAGAAAUAUUUUGACACAUGUUGAUAAUUUAACUGGAAUAUCACUUCAGGGGAUCCUAGAUGGGCCUGAAGAGUCUAGGGAUAUUGAUUCUGAGACGUUGAAAAAACUUUUUGAAAAAGUUGGAGAAGCAUUACCAAAGGACUUUGUAUAUAUUUUGGAAGGAAAUUGGAACCCCAGUAUAAUUUUGACAGCGGUGGAACAUGGAUGGGAUUUGUUUGAUGGAUCAUAUCCAUUGAAGCUGACUAACACUGGUGUUGCAAUGAAGUUGAACUUUGAUGUUACCAAAGAAAAUGAUACACUGUACUUACUGGAUAUGGUUGAUGAGAGGUAUAAGGCAGACUUAAAACCAAUUUUGGAGGGAUGCGAAUGUCUGGCAUGCAAGAAACAUACACGUGCAUAUAUAAGACAUUUAUUAAACACGAGGGAGAUGUUGGCUUCCGUGUUAUUAAGCAUACAUAACCUCCAUCACUUUGAUCAGAUGUUUUACCACGCACGUCAACACAUCGCCUCAAACACGUUUGCAGUAUUCAAGCAACACAUUACAAAGCAGUGCGAAAUGGUCAAAGACUUUCCACCAAAUCGAUAUAAGGGUUCAAAUGGAACAAACAUACCAACAGAAAACCAAGCUCCCAACAUAAAAAGAAGAAACUUGUGAGUGAAGUAGAUAGUAACAGUAGUACCUAAGUAUUAUAGAUUAGUUAGUGUAGCUAUUUAUUAUUUGUAUAUUCUGUGAGAAUUGUUCGGAGAUUCUGUUUUUGUUACCAUGUGCUACACGAAAAUGUAUGUUAUAAUAAAUUCCCAAAGGUACAAAUUAUCAUUAUUUUAUUUUUUA